UUGCGUUCAUUCAGUCGACCUCGACGGGCUGUCGAGAAUGGUUGUGGUUAUAACUUACUGAACUCUCAAACUGCGCCGCGCAAAUACUUCCUUCCAGUCCUUACUAAGUAUUGUGUUUUUUUAAUGUAAAUAGUGCAGUGGUCACCGCCGCGGCCGGCUGUCUCUGUGUAUUGAAUCUGUGUUCUGUGGAUAUUGUUCAUUGUAUAAAUGGCUGCAACUUACUUUUAAAUGACGAUGCCAGAUUGCUAACGAGGCGGCCGCGGCGUCCCAUACAACUCGUGUAGUAUUUGUUUCACAAUCUGACGGGAGAUAACCUUAUCGAUGGUAGUAAAGUCGAGCUAAGUACAAACACCGAGGUACCAAGCCCCAGGUACCUCAGUAAUCGAUGUCAGAUGAAACUAGCAAUAAGGCAGAUAGCGCCCCUCACGGUGACAAAGUAGCCAAUACCGAAGUCGGAACUGAAGUGGGAAAUAAUAUCGAACCAAUUCCCGCGCCUGAGGCGAAGGAGCCCAAAGAACCCAAGAGAACAGUUUCAUUUAACAGAGACGUACACGUGAAGCGGUUCGGUAAAGCUCGAGAACGAGGACUGUCGUCAGAACAUCAAUCAUCAUUGAGGAAGGAACCAUUUACACAUUUGUCAGAAAGAGAGUUGAUUGAGGAGGCUAAUAAGGUCAUAGCUCAAGCACAGAGUGUCACUUGCACAGCCGAUAAUCCUCCAGAGAAGUUCUUCUCCUUACCACAUAGGCGAAAGUUGAGAGAAGAUAAAACAGGCAGAAGAAAUAGUGAUGACGCUAUAUCACCAGAAGAGUCCACAAAAACACCACUAGGAAGGUCAACGAGCGAUGUAACAUCGAGGAAACGAAAAGAACGAACAUCACUCUCGACCUUAUUUCGACGUCAACAAAGAACGAGGAGUCCGGAUGCGCCCGUCGUUGUAACCACAAAACCCGUCGCUGUAGUAAAACGAAGUAAAAGUGACGUAACUGACCUGAAAUCAAACACGAACCUUAACAAAUCUAAGCCUAUUCGUAAAAGAUCCGGCAGCGAAACAGAGGAGUUUCUCAAAUCUCUCAGGAAUAAAAAGAUACAAUUAUCCCCCAUUAUUGAGAGCUCUCCAAGAGAAGAUUAUUUCAAGAAAACAUCACCGUUUGAUGUUCUACAACAUCAGCAGUUAUCUGAUAAAGAAAGUUGGAAGUCAAAUCCAGAACAAAAAUCUAAAGAUUUGAAAAGAGUGAAUCCGAUUGAGAAGCCACCUCGAUUUACUACUUCCGAUAAUCAAGAUCCCAAGCCUCAAACGAGAAUUAAACGAGCAAAGUCAGCUGAUGCAGCAAAAGAAAAUUCACCUCCAAUAUCUGAAACACCGAAACAAAAAGUAAAAGUGAAGAAAACUGUACUUGUUGAUAAAAUUGAUUCACAUAAAAAUGACGAUGUUCAAACAAAAAUAAAAGACAGCAUCCGAAAAAUAGAAGAGAACGUUUAUGGUGGCAAGGAUAUGGUACAUAGUAGCCAGCAGCCACCAGAAAAACCACCUUUAACAAGAGGUCAAACAGUUGAUCAAUUAGUAAAAAUUCUCAAAGAAGAUCAACGGUCAUCUCCACCGAGACCUCAUUUAUUGUCAUCUACUAACGGUUCUAACAUUAAUCAACCCUUUUCAUACACUAAACCGAGUACUAGCCUCGAUCCUAAUUUGUUUGUUCGAACAAAUAGUCCAGAAAAAGCACCAUCACCUAGUAAUAAAAUGACAGCUAAGGGGGUUGUCUAUGCUCAGGUGAUGAAGGAUCACGAUGAUAUUCGAAAUAACAUUAAACAAACAAAUUAUAAGCAAUAUUCUUCUAUUCGCGAUAAUUUAGGAAACUUCUCAGAUGAGGAUGAAGGUCUUGGCUAUGAAGAGAGACAUAAAUAUUUAGGAAAACGUGUGCUUCAGUACGACUACAAAAAUAAUGAUGAUACUGUACAUUAUAAUGUUAAUGAGUCACCAAUACGACCAAAGCUUAGAGAAUAUAACAUGACGAGUUUUGAUGAAUUUGAACCUACAUAUGCUAAUGAUCAAGUAGAUAGUGAUAUAAAAGACCCUAUUAAUACAUAUCGAGGGCGCGCGGAUGGUAUGGAUACAAAGAAAAAGACAUUAGAACCGGAAUCGAAACUAGAUUUAGAUUUUAAUGAAUUAAGUCACAGACGUCAACUGUUAGAAUCUCGUUUGAAUGCUCGAAGGUACGCUCGAGAGCAAGUCGUUAAUAAUAUUGAACCAUUAUCUCGAUUAAUUACAGAAAACGAUCCUAUUUAUGAAGCUGAAAAACGCAUGAAACAAACAGAAAAAUAUGUCAACGACACUGUUAAGUACUACCGCAAUACUUUAGAAAGAGAUGGCUAUGAGAGCACCCUUAUAGAUGGAUACAAAUAUCAUGGUGCCGAUAAUCACAAUAUAAAACACACGGAAAAUAGUCUCUUUCAGCAAUUACCUAAGGGAGAAAUCGAUCGUCGUGAGUUUCUGGACAGCUUAGAAAGGACAUCGAGGUUCGAUAAAGUAAGAAAAAUAUUUCCACCAGAGCCCGAAUAUGAACCCCCAAGCCUAGAAUCAAAUCCUGGUAAACCUGUUUCACCAGACGAAUAUAAGGAGAAAAAAUAUAAAGUGAGAAAACAUUUUAAUUCUAGUCAUGAAUUGUUACAUUCUGGUCAAAAAUAUAAGGUUAAAGAUGAUGUAUUUGGUAAACGAAAAGGCCAUUAUUCUUCCAACCCAGAAAUAGCUCAAGAACGAGAAGAAGAGUAUGCUAAUCUGAGAUAUAAUCCAAAGCAUGAAAGCUACCAUAACUCUUUGCGGCGAAUGAAGGGGACAGAAAAAGACUACAGAGGAUAUAAUAGCGUUCGUCGUUACGACUCAGGUGACAGCAGAGAUUAUUAUCGAGAACAGAUUUCACCUCGAAGAAAUGAUUUCGACAGUCGGUUAGUAGAUUCGGGAAUUGAAAAUGAUUUCAGACUCAACUCUAGUGGCGAACUAAACAAAUCAAGAUACAGACAUGAAAGUGAUGAUGAUGUCCAAAAUACGUCUCUGUUUUUAGCGAACGAAAAGCAAUACGCUGAAGAUAGCUAUGCUGACGAACAAAUUUAUGCUAACGGAGAAUACAUGGCCAAGUUUAAAGAUCAUAAAGCGCAUACGAAAGAAUUUGGACGCAGAGACCCAGAAGAGCGUUCGCACCCACAGUUAGAGAGUUACCAAAAGAGUCAAAGUAAACACGAUGAUAAAGUCAGUGCAAAACCGCCUAAAGCGAAGAAACUUUCUGGACUAGAGAAGGUGAAACAACUCUUCUCCCGCGACUCUUCAAAGAAGAGCAAAAAAGAGAAAGAGAAGGAAGCAGUCCAAGAAAAGAACCGCACUCGGGUGCUCAAGAGCCCUGAACAUCUUGCUCGUCAUGACUCCGAUUACAGGAGGUAUACAGAUCCAGAACCAAGUGAUAUUGAAGUCAGGAGUGGAGACGAUCCGGAGGAAAGAAAGCACAGACGCUCUAGAGAAGAUCUGAACAGAUACAGGAAUACCAGCAGAUGCGAUGGAGAGAGCCCGCUGCCGCCAGUGGACAGGAGAGACGAGGGAGACAGAGAGUCGGAGUAUGAGGACAGAUUUGAAAUUCCACAUCAGAAGUCUGUGGACAGACUGGACCUGAGCGGAGCGGAGCGCGGGCUGAACGAGCGGGGGCGGGGGCGCCGCCCGUCUGAGAGGGAGGACGCGCCCGGUGGCUGGAGGGCGGCUCGCGGCGGCCCGCUCGACUCACCGGCUCUGGCUGACCGGUACCGAGAAAGACGGCGCCUGGCAACACCCAGCCCAUCACCUUCCCCGCCCCGCGCACACCGUGCAUCCCGUGAUCCUGUCGACCAGCUGAGGCGCCGACCACGCGACAAUAUCAAGGUACGAUUGACUUACGUCGUCCCGUCUACUCCUUCCUGUGUUUUCGGGUUGACCUGA